UGCAGAUAUUUGAUACAUAAAAUAAUUACGUGAAUGAGGGUGACAAAAACUUAGGUUCAUACAACAGUCUUAAAUUUCACUCCUUGUAGCAUUUUAUGUGCCACUUUUUCAGGUCUUGGUUGCAUUGGAAAUGUAAUUGCAUUACUUAAAGUAAAAGGGGUGUUUUGCUUCUGCUUUGACUAAAGGUAGUUAAGAAUCAUAUAAUUAAACUCCAUGGAUUCAUUAAAUCUAUUCUUACGCUCAGUUACUUUUCUGAACUCUAAGAUCAGAAGCACUGAAGAAUAUUUUGUUUCCCUGGAAAAAGCCAGAGAAAAAGCCCCAAGACUGUAACCACUCAAUGUGAAGUGUUAGAAUGUAGUCUUUUUUAAUGAUUUGGUUUUGUUUUGACAGUAAAGACAAAGCUCUGAGUGAUAGAAAUGUAUGUUGUUCUGCUUAUUUUUAUAGCCAGAGAUAGUGUGGGCAUUUCCAAGGACAGAAGAGAAGUUUUCAAGCUCUUUGGUUGGUUGAUUUCUAGUUUGUCCUACCCCAGUGUGUUCUGUCAUUGGCUUUGAGUAGUACUGAAUUCACAUAAAUGGAAUGACAUUUACUAGAGCCUUAGCCUUUGUGCUGACUCUCCAGUAUUUAGGUUAUGAGGAAUUAGGUUUCAAGAAACUAACUACUUUGUUCUGCUUCAUAUUAUCACCUGGAUGAAGGUGGGCAAGUUCUGUGAAAAGCAGACAUGAGUUUGUCUUCCAGAAGAGUAACACUGCCUGCAGUUAUGCCAAUAACUCUGCAGAAAAGGGUAAUCAAAGUCUAUAGUGAAGAUGAUACUAGCAGAGCUUUGGAAGUACCAAGUGAUAUAACAGCCAGGGAUGUGUGUCAGCUCUUGAUAUUGAAGAACCACUAUGUUGAUGACCACAGCUGGACUCUGUUUGAACAACUUACCCACACAGGUUUAGGAAGAGCUAUAGAAGACCAUGAAUUAGUGAUAGAAGUCCAGUCAAACUGGGUAAUGGAAGAGGAAACCAAACUGUAUUUUAGAAAAAAUUAUGCAAAAUAUGAGUUUUUUAAAAAUCCACUGAGCUUUUUUCCAGAUCAUAUGAUAUCUUUUCCAAGUGAGACCAGUGCAGCUUUAAGCCACUCUGGGAUAUUACAGAUGUUCCUUAGCUCCAGCACAUAUCCUGAGAUUCAUGGUUAUUUGCAUGCAAAGGAGCAGGGGAAAAAAUCAUGGAAAAAAUUGUACUUUCUUUUGAGAAGAUCUGGCCUUUAUUUUUCCACUAAAGGUACAUCUAAGGAGCCAAGGCAUCUGCAGUUUUUCUGUGAAUUCAGCAAUAGUGAUAUGUACAUGUCUUUAACAGGCAAAAAGAUUUCUGGAGCACCAACAAACUAUGGAUUCUGCUUUAAGCCUAACAAAUCAGGAGGAACCAGAGACCUGAAACAGCUCUGUGCAGAUGAUGAACAAAGUAGGACCUGUUGGAUGACAGCAAUUAGGUUACUCAAGUAUGGGAUGCAGCUGUAUCAGAAUUACAUGCAACCAUAUCAAGGUAGAAGUGGCUGCAGCCCUUUGAAUAUAACACCUAUGAGAAGCAUUUCAGAAAAUUCUUUAGUAGCAAUGGAUUUCUCAGGACACAGAAGCAGAAUUAUAGAAAAUCCAACAGAAGCCCUUUCAGUUGCAGUUGAAGAAGGAUUAGCAUGGCGGAGGAGAGGGUGUCUCCGACUCAACUCACAUGGUAGUCCUGUUGCCGUGGCUAACAUGGCUAUACACAGAUCUCAGUCAUGGUUUCAUCAUAAAAUCUCUAGAGAAGAGGCUCAGAGACUUAUUUUGCAGCAUGGACUUGUAGAUGGGGUAUUCCUGGUACGUGAUAGCCAAAGUAACCCCAAAACAUUUGUAUUGUCACUGAGUCAUGGAUUAAAAAUAAAACAUUUUCAAAUUGUACCAUUGGAAGAUGAUGGGAAGCUAUUCUAUACCCUUGAUGAUGGUCAUACCAGAUUUACUGAUCUCAUCCAGCUAGUGGAAUUCUAUCAACUUAACAAAGGAGUACUGCCUUGCAAGUUAAAACACUAUUGUGCACGGAUUGCUCUUUAACCAAAGCAUUGUUGUUUCAUCAAAGGGAAAGGAAGAUACUAUUAUACUUUUUCCCCUAAAUUUGUAUAGCAAAAAGGGGAGAAAAAAUCAUUACAUUGUAAAGAUUCUGUUUAAGCUGCAAAAAAAUUAAAUAAAUUUAUAUUCUAUGUAGAUAAGAACUUUGCUUUGUGAUUGUCACAGCAAAAUUAACUUAAUGGUUUUGAUAAACCAUUGUUUCCAAUGUAAUUCUUUAGUGUUGUCUUGGACUUUUCUUUUCAACCGAAGACAGUUUUAAAAAUAUUGUGUAACUCCUACAAAAAUAUAACUGAAGGAAGAUCUUUGUUCUGAGGUUAAAAAUUUUUUUCUCUAUAAAUGUUUCUCAUAAUUUCUGUUCUUCACAUAAAAGAAUGAUAUUUACUGUGGCAAGGAUAAGAAGCUGAACUGCACAUUUUAUUUGUAAAUAAAAUGAAUAAAUAUUUUGCACUAUA